AGCAGUUUGGACUCCGCCUAACUGACACCCAACUCCCUCCCCUCCCCUGUCGCUCCCGUGCUAGCAGCAGUCGAGCAUCUGAGCAGCGGCGGCGGCGGCGGCAUCCGCCCUUCCCCUCCAACCCUGACGGUGCACAGAGCCUGGGAGCUGGGAUCCUGAGUGCCUGCCGCGGGCUCUUCCCUCCUCCUCCUCUCAGGCGCCGAGGAUGGGCUGCCAGAGGCCGCGGGGCAUCCCCAAAUCGUCCUAAGAACUGACCGAACAAAGGGAGCAGCCCGGGCCGGGAUGGAUGCGAGCAACCAUGAAAGGCUGGGUCUCCGCCUCUUCUGCUGCUGCUGCUGCUUCCCCAGAGCUCCUGCCUGCUGAUCAGAGGACUCCAGUGUAAAGGGAAGAGGAGGCAAGGCGUGAUUGGUGUGCGUUGCACACACACACACACACUCAAGGCAUCAAGGUGUCGAGGGGGAAAAAGAGGCAAGGAUAGCCCCCCUCCCCAAAAAAUGUCUUCGUCUUCUUCUUCGGUGGGGCCCCGCGGCCCUCGCCCACCCACAGUGCCUCCCCCCAUGCAGGAGCUGCCCGACCUGAGCCACCUGACAGAAGAGGAGCGGAACAUUAUCAUGGCAGUGAUGGACCGGCAGAAGGAAGAGGAAGAGAAAGAAGAGGCCAUGCUCAAAAGAUUGCACCAACAAUUUGAAAGUUACAAAGUGCAAGUAAGAAAAAUAGGUGAAGAAUCCCGCCGUUACCAAGGAGAGCACAAGGAUGACACACCGAUGUGUGGAAUCUGUCACAAAACAAAGUUUGCUGAUGGUUGUGGCCAUUUAUGUUCCUAUUGCCGGACAAAGUUUUGUGCCAGAUGCGGAGGUCGUGUUUCCCUGCGAUCGAACAAUGUUAUGUGGGUAUGCAAUUUAUGCCGAAAGCAACAAGAAAUCUUAACGAAAUCUGGAGCAUGGUUUUUUGGAAGUGGUCCACAACAGCCUCCCAGUCAGGAUGGAACACUGAGUGAUACAGCUACUGGUGGCGGUUCAGAUGCACCUAGAGAAAAGAAAGCAAGGCUUCAAGAACGGUCGAGGUCUCAAACACCCCUUAGCACAGCAGCCGCUUCUUCGCAGGAAAUAUCCUCUAUUGUGCAGCCUGACAGAAGGAAAGGCAUAGAACUAUCACAGCAAGCUAUGGGCCUGGACCAGAAGCAAACAUCAAGAUCUAGAAGUGAACCCCCAAAAGAGAGAAAGAAAGCACCCAUGGGUUCUGAACAGAAUGGGAAAGGAGGUCUAAAAGGUGAGCGCAAACGUGUGCCCAAAUCCUCACUUCAGCAGGGUGAAGGACAAGCAGAUGAGAGGGAAUUUAAAGAAAGACGUGAUGGUAGAAGAUUAGAGAAAGGGAGGUCUCAGGACUAUUCAGACUUUCCAAAACAAUUUGAGGAAGGCAAGGCUAUAGAGGAAGAGAAGCAAAGGAAAGAAGAUGACUAUCACACUCGAUACAGGAGUGAUCCCAAUCUAGCAAGGUAUCCUGUGAAACCACACCCCGAGGAGCAACAGAUGCGUAUGCAUGCAAAAGUUUCAAAAGCGCGGCAUGAAAGAAGACACAGUGAUGUUGCCUUGCCACAUACAGAAGUCGAGGAAUCUGAGGUAUCUGAGAAUAAACUAGGAAAUCACUCUCAGUUGCAAGGAACUCAGGACACAAAAUCUCACUUGGAUACUCAGAGAGCAUAUUCAAUAGAAAGAACAGGUGAUGUAAGAAUUUCUGUUUCUAAACAAUUAGCUAAUCAUAGCCCACCAACACCCAGGCAUAGUGUGGUUCCUCCAGAGCACUUAGAAUCAAAAAACCAUGAUCCCUUUAAAAAAAGCCUAGAUCCUAGCUCUGCUAUUCUCAUUCGGAAAGCAAAGCGGGAGAAAAUGGAGACCAUGCUAAGGAAUGACUCCCUUAGUUCUGACCAGUCAGAAUCAGUGCGACCAUCUCCUCCAAAGCCUCAUAGAUCGAAACGGGGUGGAAAGAAAAGGCAAAUGUCAGUCAGCAGCUCUGAGGAAGAAGGAGCGUCAACACCUGAAUAUACCAGUUGUGAUGACGUGGAAAUAGAGAGUGAAAGUGUCAGUGAAAAAGGUGACUUGGAUUAUUACUGGCUGGAUCCUGCCACGUGGCACAGUAGGGAGACAUCCCCUAUUAGUUCGCACCCUGUAACGUGGCAACCAUCUAAAGAAGGAGAUCGCCUAAUUGGACGUGUUAUUCUCAACAAGAGAACAACCAUGCCAAAGGACUCUGGUGCAUUACUGGGACUGAAAGUUGUAGGAGGAAAAAUGACCGAUUUAGGACGACUUGGUGCCUUCAUUACCAAAGUAAAGAAAGGUAGUUUGGCUGAUGUGGUAGGACAUCUCAGAGCAGGUGAUGAAGUUUUAGAAUGGAAUGGUAAACCCCUUCCAGGAGCUACAAAUGAAGAAGUUUACAACAUUAUUUUAGAAUCCAAAUCAGAACCUCAAGUUGAAAUUAUUGUUUCAAGGCCCAUAGGUGACAUUCCAAGGAUUCCCGAGACUUCUCAUCCUCCACUGGAGUCUAGUUCUAGCUCAUUUGAAUCCCAAAAAAUGGAACGACCAUCAAUUUCUGUUAUUUCCCCUACUAGCCCUGGAGCCCUAAAAGAUGCACCACAAGUCCUACCUGGUCAACUUUCUGUUAAACUAUGGUAUGACAAAGUGGGACAUCAGCUAAUAGUGAACGUUCUUCAAGCAACGGAUCUGCCACCGAGAAUAGAUGGACGACCAAGGAAUCCUUAUGUGAAAAUGUAUUUCCUUCCAGAUAGAAGUGAUAAAAGUAAAAGAAGGACCAAAACAGUAAAGAAAAGCUUAGAGCCAAAAUGGAACCAAACGUUUCUUUAUUCCCAUGUGCACCGUAGAGAUUUUAGAGAACGGAUGUUAGAAAUCACUGUCUGGGAUCAGCCAAGAGUUCAAGAAGAGGAAAGUGACUUUCUUGGAGAGAUCCUUAUUGAGCUGGAGACAGCACUUUUAGAUGAUGAACCACAUUGGUAUAAGCUGCAGACACAUGAUGAAUCCUCACUACCUCUGCCUCAGCCAUCACCUUUCAUGCCAAGGAGACAUGCUCAUGGUGGGGAAAACUCCAGCAAAAAAUUGCAAAGAUCUCAGCGAAUCAGUGAUAGUGACAUCUCAGAUUAUGAUGUUGAUGAUGGUAUUGGAGUAGUUCCUUCAGUAGGCUAUAGGUCUGGCACUAGAGAAAGUAAAUCUACAACGUUAACUGUGCCAGAACAGCAAAGAGCAACCCAUCAUCGUUCACGAUCUGUAUCUCCUCACCGUGGUGACGAUCAGGGCAGGACCCGUUCUCGUUUACCAAAUGUGCCAUUACAGAGGAGUUUAGAUGAAAUUCAUCAAAUGAGAAGAUCACGUUCUCCAACUAGACACCAUGAUGCCUCCCGAAGCCCGAUUGACCGCAGGUCCAGAGAUGUGGAUAGCCUGUAUUUGUCAGAUCAAGAAAGUGAGCUUCUUAUGCUGCCCAGGGCAAAACGAGGAAGAAGUGCAGAGUGCCUACAUACCACCAGAAAUUCUAUUAAGCACUAUAAAACAUUACCACCCAAGAUGCCUUUAUUAGAGAAUGGCACUUACUGGAAUAUUUACAGUGAACUGCAGCCCUCACUUGACAGGGCUAGGAGUGCUAGUACCAACUGCUUGAGACCCGAUACUAGUUUGCAUUCACCAGAGCAAGAAAGGCAAUCCAGAAAAAUGGAAAGAUAUAGCACCCCAAAGCAAACUAGGAAAGGCUCUGCAUCAGAAACAGAAAGAAUGCAUCAACCAGGAAGUACCAUGCAGUCCUCUUCAGCAGACACACCCUUCAGUAGUCGUAGGGGGAGGCAGCUUCCACAAGUUCCUGUCAGGAGUGGCAGUACAGAGCAAGAACAAGAGAAUUAUAGCACAUCAUCGAAAGCAAAUUUAGUAGUGGAGGAGCGAACAAGACAGAUGAAAAUGAAAAUGCACCGUUAUAAUCAGACAACAGGGUCUGGUUCUAGUCAAGAACUUGAACGUGAGCAAUAUUCCCAGUAUAACAUACAAACAGAUCAGUACAGAAGUUGUGAUAACGUCUCUGCCAAAUCAUCAGAUAGUGAUGUCAGUGAUGUGUCAGCCAUUUCCCGUACCAGCAGUGCCUCACGCCUCAGCAGCACAAGCUUUAUGUCAGAGCAAUCUGAGCGCCCUAGGGGCAGAAUCAGUACGUUUACUCCUAAAAUGCAAGGCAGACGGAUGGGGACUUCAGGGAGAACUAUCACAAAGAGCACAAGUGUGAGUGGAGAGGUGUAUAAGCUGGAACACAAUGAUGGAAGUCAAUCAGACACUGCGGUUGGUACAGUUGGAACAGGUGGGAAGAAAAGACGAUCAAGCCUUAGUGCCAAAGUUGUUGCCAUGGUAUCUCGAAGAAGCAGAAGCACAUCCCAGCUUAGCCAAACAGAGACAGGCAACAAGAAGCUAAAAAGCACGAUCCAGAGAAGCACAGAAACAGGUAUGGCAGCGGAAAUGAGAAGUCGAAUGGUUCGGCAGCCAAGUCGGGAGUCAACUGAUGGCAGCAUCAACAGUUACAGCUCUGAGGGAAACCUAAUAUUUCCAGGAGUUCGACUGGGUGCUGACAGUCAGUUCAGUGAUUUCCUUGAUGGCCUUGGACCUGCCCAGCUAGUAGGUCGACAGACCUUAGCAACUCCUGCAAUGGGUGACAUUCAGAUUGGAAUGGUGGAUAAGAAAGGCCAGUUAGAAGUAGAAGUCAUUAGAGCUCGAAGCCUCACACAAAAGCCUGGUUCUAAAUCUACCCCAGCUCCGUAUGUCAAAGUGUAUCUGUUGGAAAAUGGGGCUUGUGUAGCGAAGAAAAAGACAAGAAUUGCAAGGAAAACCCUUGAUCCUUUAUACCAACAGACAUUAGUUUUUGAUGAAAGUCCUCAUGGUAAAGUCCUUCAGGUGAUAGUCUGGGGAGACUAUGGCCGGAUGGAUCACAAAUGCUUCAUGGGAGUUGCACAGAUCCUGUUGGAAGAACUUGAUUUAUCCAGCGUUGUAAUAGGCUGGUAUAAAUUAUUUCCGCCAUCUUCUCUGGUGGAUCCAACGUUGACUCCUCUGACUCGCAGGGCUUCCCAGUCAUCUCUGGAAAGUUCUACUGGGCCUCCCUGCAUUCGUUCUUAGUAUAAACAAAAACAGCAGGUGCUCCCUAUCAAAGCCCUUAUUACCCAGGACAUCAACGGGGGAAAAGCUAUUUACAGCAGUGAGGAGCAUUUUUUUUAAAAAAAAAGACAAUCAUUUCAAUUUUGCCUGUAGUAGUUUAUCCAAAAAUAUGUCUGAGUUUGUUAAUAGGUGGCUGAAGUUGAUCGAACAAAACAAUAUAUCAAAACAGAAUCCAUCUGGCAAAAAGUCCCUGAUGCUUAUAAUUGUAAUGAGAAGAGAUCUUUUAGAUUAAACUGGAAAUGCUCACUCUUCCCUUUUGGGUUUUGUUUUUGGGGGUUUUGUUGUUGUUUUGCAGAGACCACACAGUGUUAACUUCCUAGUGUUCCUGUAUAUGUUACUUCCACUGGUUUUUGCUGUGUUAAUCUGCCAGUUGGGUAAAAGUCUUCAUGAUGCUAACAGAGACCCUUCCUUUCUUUUUCUAAGUCGAACCAAAAAGGGCUGAAGUAUAUCUCUGUAAGCAUCUCCAAAAGUGUUCAUUUGCCUGAUAUGCCAUAUGGUAUGACAACAAUAUGUUCAUUGCUCCUCAGUUCUGGUUCUCCUAACAAGUGUGGAAAGCCAGAAUAAAUGACCAUCAAGUAAUUUAAUGUAUUCUUUUUCUUAGAGUUUUUUGUUAUUAUCCAAUGUAAAGAAUGAAUAUAUUUGCAUUGUCCUUCAUAAUUUCUUAUGUUUUAUGAAUAUUUUGCAUGAGGGAGAUUUGCAGCUACAACUAAUGCAGGAGACUUGAUUUUUUUUAAAAAAAGCAGCUUUGGUUUUCACUUGGACAUUGGAAAAGAUAUUUGUAAUAUGAUCAUCUUACCAGACCAGAAGAGAAAAGUCAUUGUCUUCUUGUGUUUAAAUGUGUAACUGACAUCCCAAAUAUUGACCAGGAAUGGAGUUGAGCAUCUGACACUUUCAGCUGUUCCCAGGCUUCUCUGAUAACGUGUCACUUUUGACACAUUUGUCUGCCCUGGUUAGAGCAUGGUAUGAGUUGUUCAGUUUUUCACUGGAAAUUCCAGUUGAAAUAAUCUGCACUUACUAAUGUUUUUAUCAGAUUUCAGUUUACAUUUAUUUGAGAUUGAUGCAAGCACAAAGCUUGAAUUUUUUUAAACAAAAAGUAAUCAUGGGGGUGGGGGGAGGUGGGCAAAGGUGCAGUAAAAGAAAACUUGCAUUUUGUUCAUUUUGGUUCUUUCUUGGCCUUGGAAUCCCUUGUGUUUUUCUGUAAAUGUGCUAAAAACUGCAGAAUGUGCAGGUGCAUUGAGAAGUUAUCCCUCCUUUUAUGGGCCAAUAAUUUUGUGAUCUCACAAAAUAGAGCAGCAUGACUUGGAACUGUUCAAAGCUGCAUGCACGUUUUGUAAAAAAGGAAAAAGAAACAAACAAAAGAGAUUAUUUAAUAAUGUAUGUUAGUUCUACAUAGGCCAGGAUGUAUGUUGCAUGUACUUGUACAGUUUGCUCGUAAUUACUCUAAUGAAGUAACCAAGAAAUCUAAGCCAUCCAUUUUUUCUUAUAGACAUUUUGCGGGUUUUAGCCAGGCUGUGUCAGUCAGUCUGGUGCUAAAUGUCUAUAGAUGGACUUUAUUUUUUACCCUAUGGAAAACGUGGCGUAGUACGGACCAAAUUCCUUCUAAUAAAUAUUUUGGUGUAGAUUCCUACUGUGGGGCUGUAACACAUGUAGAAACUGUGUACACAAUUAGGUUUUCCUUCAUAGACAUAACUGCCUGCACCAAGUGAACUAUUUAUUAACUAUUACAAUUAUUAUUUAACAUUGCCAGAACUUUCUGCCCACGUUUCCCUGGGGCAUAGAUUGAUUACUGCUCGACCUGCUGAGCAGGAAGAACCGAAGCACUGGUGCACUACGAGAUUCCGUUCUGUCUUUUAGUGGCCAAAAAUGAACUAAUUAUAAUUCGGUAGUACCUUUCUAUUUUGACCACUUGUCUUAACAUCCCCCUGUGCUUUUAAAUGAAACUUCCAACUCAUGUUCUGUAGACAUGUUUAAUAAAAUUUCCUUUUCAUGUUCA